CUCAAACUGGAAUAGCUCGCCUGUCUCCAGGCAACAGGCCUGACGCAACCGCUGGAAAAAAAAAAAAGUCCCUUAAAUAAAAAAAAAACCAACCCCAACACACACACACAGAGAUUUCUGAAGCAAGACAGAGAGGAGGAUGAGACAGUCUCCUGAAGGCACUGGUGACACUCCUCUGCAAAUACCGAGUUGGAGACCCGAGGCGGAAGGAGGGAGCCAAGAUGUCUGUGCAAUCUUCUCUCUGACUCGGUCCCCGGUGUUCAUCCAGGGCCAGUGUGGUGCAUGAGCAGGUGCCAUCAUCACCACAACUGUCCUCCAAGGGGCUGUGUUUGGCACACCGCAGGAACUGGUCCAGCCCUGAGGGUUUCCCACCUCCAUCCCUGGUCCUUUGCAGCACACCCCUAUGCCAUUGGACUCCGAAAGAGGAUGUCUCUACCCAAAAUCCAAAUAGAAGAGGCACUGGACAGCACAGAUGCUGGCUCUGGAGGUGCUGCUCCUCCUGAUGACCACCUGAGGAGCCUCAAGGCAUUGACAGAGAAGCUGAGACUGGAGACCAGGCGCCCGUCCUACUUGGAGUGGAAGGCGAAGCUGGAGGAGCAGGCAUGGAAGAGCCCCCAGCCAGCGGGAGAGGAGGAGGCAGUUGAGGACAAAAAGGCCACAGGGGAGACUGUCCCCUUGAGGAAAGUGCAGUUGCAUCUCAAUGGGAGCCCUCCCCAGGACAAGGUGACUCUUACCUCAGGGAGAAUAAGCGGCUUUGAGAGCAUCGAUGAAGCUUUGACGUGGCUCAGGAAGGAACUGGCAGAAAUGCGCCUGCAGGACCAGCAACUGGCGAGGCAGCUCAUGCGCCUUCGCAGCGACAUCAACAAGCUGAAGAUCGAGCAGACCUGCCACCUGCACCAGCGCAUGCUCAACGACGCCACGUACGAGCUGGAGGAGAGGGACGAGCUCUCCGACCUCUUCUGCGACUUCCCCCUCGUGAGCUCCUUCAGCCUCUCCACGCCACUCAAGCUCAUCGGGGUCACGAAGAUGAAUAUCAACUCCCGCCGGUUCUCGCUGUGCUGAAGGGAGGAAGAAGAGGGAAGGAUGGGGGAGAAAGAGAGAGAGGACUGGGCAGUGCCAGGGCUCUCUCUGCCUGACGGCUGGGUGAAAAGAGGCCAAAGAGGGGCAGACAGAACAGGAGCAAACAGGGAACCCACAGCUGGUCUUGGUGGCAGGGUAGAGCAGCAGAGCUGGGCACUGAGAUGGCCUAGAGAUGCUUGUCAGGAAGACAGAACCUGCACGGAGGAAGCACAGAGAGCAUCUGAACCCAAAAUGUGCACUUAGCCUGCUCCUUUGCAAAGUCCCUCCUCCUUCUCUUCCCCCCACAGUAACUAAGAGGACGCAGCUCCAGUGUGGUUGUUUGUACUCAAAAAUCAAAGGAGGGUGUCAAAGAUCAGCCACAAAGCAAAGAAAAAUCCCUUUUCCCUUCCCCUUUACCUCCUCCCAGGUUAGAGCCAUCUCUUCAGAGUCGGUCUCCUCCCUGGAUGUCUCCUUGGGCCCAAGCACAGGGUCUGCAGGGCUAUUCCAGGUAAGAAACUGAUUUCCAGUGGAAAGGAGCCCUCCCAGCAGGUGAAGGACUGUGGGUUAAAUGGUAUGCAGGCCCAAGAAGUGGUGGGAUGUGUUUGUUGGCUUGCUCCGUUGAGUCCAGUGUACUCUAGCUUAACUUUGCCUGUGGUAUAGAUUAUGGACAGAUCACGGACAAAUUUAUAUAGAGACUCCAGCCAGCCAGAAGUCGCCUGUGUGCUGUAGGAGUCCUACCCAGAGCAAUACAUGUUCCUGAUCUUCUUGUCAGCAGUAGCCACAAGACACUGUGCGGUUGCCCCCUACAAGCAGGAAGGCAAAGGAGGUAACUUACAUCUGAGAUAUCUCGUAUCAGAGAAAUCACCCCAGACUGACAUUCUCCCAAUAGCAGCACCAGCAAAUCCUGGAUCCUCUGUAGCAACACACAUCCAUCAGAGAAAGGAACUUCAAGAGGAGAAAAGGGACUUCUGUGUAAUGAACACAAAUUGUGACUAAAAUUAAAGGGAGAAAUAUUGUUGCAAACACGUGGGAUUCCCUCCCUGCUUGGCAGCAUGUAAGAUGGAUGCUGUAUUUUCUUGCCUUUCAGUGCACACAGCUGCACACUUGCCUGUAUGUGGCACGGAGGGCAGAGACACCCAUGGUGUAGCCCAGCAAGGGCAGGGACACAGGUGGUCUAGCCAUGGCAAUCUUGGGACACCUGGCACCCAAGACAGUCUGUCUAGAGGGAGCGUGGGUGCCUCUAGGCUCUCCCUCCUCUGUUGACACCUCUCCUGGCUGUGUCAGAGAGGUGCAAUCUCUCACCCCAUCACCCCAACCCAGCUCUGCUCUCUGCCACGUGCCCAAAUGGAGAGCUCUGUGGCUGGGUGAAUGUGACUGUGUCCAUGCAGCACCAGCCCAAGCCCUGGGGACGAGUGGGAGAUGCGAGCCAGCGCUGAGCUGAAAGCUGUGUGGCCGUGUUGAUGUGCCUGUGCCUGACUGUGUCUGUAAGCUGUGUGUGCGCAUAAGUUGUUGUGUGUGUGUGCGUGUGAGCCCACGAGAUGCCUCUCUCAGGAGGCUGAGUGGUGGACCCACGUCUUUGUUCCCAAACGUGAUGUGAACCAGAAACCGAUGAGACUCUGCCAUGCCUGGGAAGAUGCAAUGAGGCUUCGAGACUUGGGGGUUUCCACAGAGAACUUAGGUCAAUGCAGAGAAGACAAAUAAUCCAUCUGCCUCCACAGGUCUCUGUGGGAGGAACAAAUUGACAUCACGAAGGGGUUCACAGCCACAUGGGGCUAGGGACUGGCAGAGGACUCUAGAGCUGAGUUCAGUCCUCUAUCUCCCAUAGUACGUAACCCCUCGGUGAUGCCUUCCCCUCCACUUCAAAGCUCACUGAGUAUCAUUUCAUUCUGCUAAGGAAGGAGGUAUUCUGGGCACUGGAGCUCUGUCUAUACUAGUAAGAUAAUCAGCGCCAUGCCUGGGUGCUGAAUCUUGUGCUGCCCAGGCUGUGAAGGAUUAAUUGAGUUGAGGCCAGGCUGCCAGUUGGCCUCUGGACAAGACAACGGGCCACAAUGCUGUUUAGUUUACUAGUAGAGAAAUAGCCUUAUUUCCCCAUGGACAUGUUGAAACAGAAAAAAAAAAAAAACCCUCAUUAAAAUUCUUUGUUUACUUUUUUAAUAAAAAAAUCAAUUAAUGUCCCACAUGUUGAUUUUCAGAGGCAUUUUCGAUCAAAAGAUAGCAAUGAUGACUUUUCAGUGAAAAUAAUGCCUUGGAAGAGGGGGACUGGUUCUCUCUAGGAUCAGCUAGAGUUGACGAUAGGGUGGGCCUGCCUUUGGGCUCUUGUCUGAUAGCUGAAUGCAGGAGGUUAGUACAAGCACAGUCUUAGGAGGUCAUGAUAUGUGGCAUUAGAAAUAUCAGACGUCUGAGUUCCAGACAUGUAUUUUUUGCAUUAAGUGGAACGGGGUAUGGUUAUAACUGCCAGCUGUUCAUCGAAAUGCACAAUUUUUUAAUUAUAAAAUUACGUCUGUAUUGA